AUGUCGGAUGCAAGUAGACGCCGUUUGCUAAAAGAGCUCAAUCAAUUACAAACCGAAUCGCCGCCCGGAAUUAUCAUAGACAAAAAUUCGCCAGAUUCAGAUCUCAAGUAACGAUUUUUCUGUUUUGUUUUUUAAUUAAUUCCAACUUUUAUUUUUUGCAGACAAUGGAGAAUUGGCGUUGUUGGAGCCAAAGGAACAUUAUACGAAGGAGAAGUUUUCACUCUGCAAUUCACUUUUGGUUCACAAUAUCCUUUCAGUUCGCCAGAGGUUUGUGCGAAAAAUAAGGGGGUUUUGGGGAAAAAAAUAAGGAUUUUUUUCAACAUCUGUUUUCAGGUGAUGUUCGUUGGUGAUACAAUUCCUGCCCACCCUCACAUUUAUUCAAAUGGUCAUAUUUGUCUUUCAAUUCUCGCUGAUGAUUGGACACCAGCUCUCAGUGUGCAAUCUGUUUGUCUUUCGAUUUUAUCCAUGUUAUCAUCGGCUAGAGAAAAGGUAUGGGGGAGAUUUGGAAUUUUGCAAAAGAUCUGAGCACCCCAAUCAGUUUUGGAAAAAACAUGUAGAUUUCAGUUUUUCAGAGCUCAAAAAAUAUAGUUUAGAAUGGUGAAUUUUUAAGGAACUCUGGAAAUUCGAAGACAAAAAUAAAUCUGAAUUUUUUUUUUGAAUUUUUUUUAAAAAAUACUUUUCAAAAUUAAAGUCAAAUUCUCAAUUUCUGAGUUUUUUUGCUUGAUUUUUUUUGCCGAAAAAAGAAAAAAAUAUCCUUUGAAAAAAAAAAUGAUUUUUGACAUAAAUUUUUGAUAUUGACUCGAAAGUUUGUGUGAAACUUUUUCCCCGUUUUUUUCAUUCGAAAAAAUUUCAAAUGCCAAAAAACCAAGUUUUUUUCCUAUUUUUGGAGUUGUUUUAAUUGAAAAAAAAUAGUUCGAAUUUUUUUUGAAAACCUAAAACCCAGAAAUUCCUAUCCCUCAAAAAAUCAUCAAAAUUUUCCAGAAACAUCCAAUGGAUGAUGCGAUUUAUGUAAGGACGUGCAGUAAGAAUCCAAGUAAAACACGAUGGUGGUUCCAUGGUUUGUCUAUUUUUUUCGAAUUCAAUUUUUAAAAUCCGUUUUUUUUCAGACGACAAAGUGUAA